AUGUCUGUCUUGUCUGCCAAUCAUACUGGAAUAUUUUUGCCUUCAUAUUCUAGUGAGAGCAUAAAAAAAGCUCGAACGCUGACUCCGUACAAAUUUCAAGGCAGGCGAUCACCGCCACAGAAGCAAUGGACGGAAAAUAGAGAGGAGAAUCGUACGACAAAAUUUCUUUCCCCAGGCAGCUGCGAUCCUUUGUUAGAUUUCAUCAACCUCGAUGAUUUUAAGGACGAUGCGAAACUUCAAAGAAACUUUGAAGAAGUCUUAAAGAUUCACAAAAUGGGUUUCCUUGUGAAGAUCGUGAAACAAAGCUGGUUUCCAGGCCUAAUAUGCAUUCCAAUUUUCCACUGCCAAAGAUGUCUUGCGCUAUGGACACAAACAGCCCAGGUUAAGUCGUUAUGUUCAGAAAUUAACCGAAGUGUCUAUGGUCGCCUUCUUCCUGUUAGUGUUACAAAAUGCGACUUAUUGACGAAACUUCUUAAUCGUGAUCGGAAUAUAACAUCAGCUCAACCAUGUAAGAAGCAGUUCCUUUCCAAUAAACCAGUUAGACCUGCAAGGUAUUUGGACGAAACUUUUGAAAGGAAAACGACCCGACCAAUCCCAAUUGCGGAGUUCGUUGAUAUUGACGAACAAUUUAGAAAGUAUCAAAAGACAGUCUUACGUGAGCUGAAGGCAAAUGAGAAGAUUUUGGGUACUCAAAGGCAGAUGAACAGUCCAGUUUCUAAUUAUAAGACAGUCGAUGAUUUGAAAAUUCAAAUUGAGGAAAAGUUAGAAAAUACAUAUGAUGAGGGAACACAUAAGAAAGAAAAGAAUUCUGGUGAUGAAUCUAUAGAUGAAAAAUGCAAAUUAAAUUCAACAAUGUGUAGUCCUCGAAGCCACGAUAAAACAUGUGAUGUGAAACACAGCAAAGAGAAUGGUCUUGUCCAGCCAUCGUCGUGCAGAACUACGAGCCAAUUACAAGGUGGAUUGAUGAUAACUAGCAACAGUAAGGCCACUAACCAAAAUAUCAAAACAAAACCAAGAAAAGUUACAAAACUAAAAAUUAUACCACGGUAUAUUACGAAGGCUAGGCGGUCAGGUACAAAAACCUGUCCACCAGCAAGUCCUGAGGUGCCGCUAAACGUUGCUUAUGAAAAGAAACUAGCAGAAUUACGACAGAAAACACUAGCAUUUGACAAAGAAGCUUCCAAAGAAGUUGUUUGCAGUAAACUUGAAUCAGUCUAUGACGAUAAACAUAACCCUAGUAUUAUCAAUUCUGUUUGGUUCCAAUCAUUGGUUGAAGAGGCAAACCAACAAGAGGAAGAGAUGAAAACAUAUAAACAAGAUUUGACGAGAGCCUUUUGUUUCUCCUAUUUUGAACUUUUAAGAAAAACUGAAUAUAAAUAGAAAUAGAAAAAAGUAAAUUUUGUUGUAUGAAAACGUUUAGAAUCUUUAUGUAAUAAUUAGAAUGACGAAGUUUUUGUAA